UAGAGGAAAAGGGAGAGAGAGGGAGGGGAAGGAAAAGAGUGAGAGAGGCAGAGAGAAGAAAAGAUACAUAACUUGUGAUUUGACAAAAGAGGGCAGGUACCAGAGGCAGGACGAUGAAGGCCGGCGUGGGACUCUUCUUUGCAUUGGCUCUGUUCCUCCUGAUGGGGGCAGUGUUCACCCAGAGACCUCAGCAAAAGAAGCCCACCAGGCGCCCAGUCACCACCAGGAAGCCUGCUGUCCGCAAGCCUGCUGUCCGCAAGCCUGCUGUCCGCAAGCCUGCUGUACCCAAACAGCCAGAGCCCCAGGAGCCAACAGACUUCCCCCCUCCCAUCCUGGGCCCACCCUCAUCCUUUCCGGACUGCCCCCGAGAAUGUUUAUGCUCCCCGAGCUAUCCCAGUACUCUCAACUGUGAGAACCGUAACAUCCGUACGAUCCCUGUCAUCCCAUCUAGAACCCACUACUUGUACCUGCAGAACAACUACAUCGCAGAAGUGACGGCAGAGCCGUUCCUCAACGCCACUGAGCUUCGCUGGGUCAAUUUGGCAAAUAACCGCAUUCACAGAAUAGAGAAAAAGGUAUUUGAGAAGAUCCCAGCACUGCUAUACCUCUAUGUGCAACGUAACAACCUGAAAGAGGUCCCUUCUGGUCUCCCAGCAAGUCUAGAACAACUCCGCCUUAGUAGAAAUCGCAUUUCUAAGAUCCCUGCUGGUGCCUUCAACAAGAUGGGUAACCUGACACUGCUCGACCUGUACCACAACCAGCUGAGUGACAGUGACCUGGAAAAGAACAUAUUCAGGGACCUAAAGAGCCUCAUGCAGCUCAAUCUGGCUCACAACGUCCUGAAAAAGAUGCCUGCUGGCAUACCUAAUAGCCUCAUUCAGCUUUUCCUGGACAGGAACCACAUAGACGACGUCCCAAAAGACUACUUCAAAGGCUUGAACCACCUGGCGUUUGUGAGGCUGAACUACAACCAGCUGAGUGAUAAAGGACUUCCUAAGGAUGUGUUCAACAUUACCACCCUGCUGGACCUGCAACUGUCCCACAACCAGAUUGCGUCUGUUCCUCUCUUCAACAAUCACCUGGAGCACCUGCACCUAGACCACAACUCCAUCGAGAGCAUCAAUGGCACCCAGAUCUGUCCAAACAGCCUGCAGGCCGAACUGAGCGAUCAGACUCUGGUGCCAAGACUAAGGUACCUGCGUUUGGACGGAAAUCACCUCAGCCCCCCCAUCCCUCUGGAUGUCAUCAUGUGCUUCAGACACCUCAGCUCCAUUGUCAUUUAGGUGAACUGCCUAAAGGCCUGAGGUUAUGCAUGUACGCGCGCACACAAACAACACACAUACAGUAUACACACACAAGUACACACAGUGUGCAAACUGAAAUAAGGGCAGAGAGGGACGAAAUAAAUGUUAAAAAACUGUAAAGCUUUGAUAGUUCAACUUACAUUGUUUCCAGAUUCUACAUUUUAGUAUUUUUUUGUUUAUAGAAAUACAAUGCAAAAAAAAAAAUAGAAUGAGUAAAGCCUGAAAAUACAGGUACAUUGACAGACAUGCUACACAUAUGGAGGGUAGUUACGUUCACUAGCAGAUGUGACCAGUUAGAGAGGCCACCAAGGAUAACAAACAGACCUGCAGUGGAUGUCAGAAGAACCAGUUUUAAACAUAACUACCAUGUAGUUGAAACUGUCCCAAAUGUGCCUGUGGUUUUCAAGGUACUCCAUGUAAAAAUGUCAUUUUUAUUCUUUU